GUAGUUUCAAACGCACUUAUGAUGUGUUAUAUAAUCGUACGUAGAAUUAUAAUUAUAAAAUCAUACUCGACUCGUAGUAAUAAAUAUCAAAUAACGCGAAUAUGUGUCAAAAUUUACGUCAAUCGCGUAAACGUAAUUAGUGUAUUUAGUCUCGCGUACGUUUUCGUGCAUAAUCGUAUUGCACGCGGGACGAUUAUUCGUAAAUGCAGUCGCGUGCAAACCGAUUAUUUGUAUAACCGUUUGCACGCGAAUCGGUUUGCGUGCACGGACGAUUAUGCGGUGUUUACGUCGUGUAUUUUAUUGGUAUAUUUAAUUAAUUAUUGUGAUUUCGAAGUAAUUCUUAAUAUUCACAAUUGUAGUUGCGAGCGUGCGUUCUUGUGCGUAGAUUUUAAUUGUAUAGUCAAAAUGAAAGUGCGUGAUUUUAACAAACAAAACAUUUCUCCGCUUAGAUCCAGUACUGAUUUUAUAGAAUUAUUUAAAUUUAAUUUUAAUUAUUAUACGUCACAAUUUAAAUUUAUAGACUAUAAUAAUAAUUUAGUUUUUUUCGUAUUUAUUUUUAGUUUUAGGCUAUUUAUGCGGCUUUGCAGUAUUAGAGUGACUAUGGCAUUUUUAUGGUGGAAAGAAAACAAGGUUUGUGAAACGUGUGUCGAUGCCAUAGUGUCAGGCGGAGCCCUAAAAUGUAGCUUCGCAACCAACCAAAGAAUAAAUGGCACAGUCGCAAAGCGGCAUUUUAGCGGCCCGCUCCGCCAUUUUGGUUUUCCAAUAGUUUUAAGUAAAAUGAUCUGUUUACCUGUGAUUUUGUAUCGUUAUUAUUAUAAUUUUAUUAUCGUCAUUAUUAUAAAUGUGAUUCCUAUGCUAGGUGUAAAGUUUUUACGUGGAUCUGUGAUUGAAACGCCAUUUUUGUUUAAUUUUUAUUAUCGUUGUUACCCUGUAAGCGGUUUUUGUAGUUGUUUUAAAUUUGACAGUUGUAGCUGUCAGUUGUCAUUUAUUAAUGUAAUGCGAAGUGUAACCUUGUGAUGAUAUUUUAAUUUAGUUUAAACGGUUAUAUGGUAAUGAUUUGUUGGUUUUUUUUUUAGUUUGUUUGUUUGUCCCGUGUCGUGAUCUCAAAAAUUGUCGAGUUAUUUUUUUUAAGUGACAUUUGUCUAGCGCGGUGACAGAUGAAGUGAAGUGUCAAACUUAACGUCAUUGACUUUUUUAAAUUAAUUGUUUAUAGUACCUUAUGAGCUGGCGUCUACGAAUACAGAAAAAUACUCACUACGCUACGUCAUUUCUACUUAUAAAAUGUACCUAAAAGUGACGUCACGCGAUAUUUCAAAUCAAUAUAUAUUCGAAAGUAUUUGUUUCCGUAAGAAAAUAAAAGUACGUGUCUAAUGUUUUAAAAUCAUCUACAAGACGGACAUUAAAAUAAAAAUCAGUUAUCUACCCUACUAAACAUGUUACCCGACCGUAUCAAAAGUCGAGUAAUGCUAUCUAGUUAUGACAUCACAACAAGUCAUUACCAUUGGCCAGAAAAUUAAUUAAUUUUAAAUAAGUUUUGACAUAGACUGAUUUGUUUAAUUAUACGCAUUGCUCAUUGGAUGAGAUAUUUUAUAUAUUGUGUUUAUAUGUCCAGAAAACCAGUGGUUGCAAAGUCGACAGCCGAUCAAAGGGUCGCAGGUUUCAUAGAUUUACUAGUGGGAUUUUAAUAGGCUCACUCUCUAUAACAUGGGGCCCAUAACAUUUUGAAAAGUGGGUGUUGAAUUGUACAUACAGAAUCUGUCUCCCACGGGGAUAGGCAGAGACUGGAACGCCAAUUGCUACGAAUCUUACUUAAUUUGGUCCUUCUUUAAUAAACACCAAUCUGGUUGAUAUUAUGUCCGUUUAGCCUUCUGACAACGGGAUGUCUGUCUACCCCUUAGGGGAUUAAAACCUUUUUCUGGGG